CGCGCAGGCGCAGUGUAGGCGCAAUCGCCAUAGUUGGGAUUACCAGGCUUGCGGUGGCAGUCGCGGCCAUGAUAUGAAUAUAAGUAAACGGCUACAGGAAGAGUCUGAGAAACGUGAGCCCCUCGACAUGAGUUUGAAUAAACGGGCCCGAGAUGAACCAGUAAUAGAUGAGCCCCUUGACAUGGAUUUGGAGAAAUGGCAAGAUCCACCACUACAAGAUUGUCCAUUAGAUUUGUCAAUGGGAAAAAGAAAAUCAGAUGGAAUAAUAAAGUCACCAUUCAGCAGUCUGCAUGGGUUAAAGAAAACGGAGGCAGUUGUGAAUGAUGAUUUGUCAUUGGGGAUAGAGAAGUCAGAUGGAGUGAGUGUGUCACCAGUCAGUAGCCUGCAAGAGUUAAAAAAAACUGAGAAAACUGUGGGUCUUGAUUUGUCAAUGGGAGGAAGAAAGUCAGCAGUCAGCAGCCUGCGUGGGGUAAAGAAAAGCAACACAAUUGCACAGGGUGAAAGGGCUGCGACAUCUGAGGAGGUGAUAAAAAUACCAUGUGUUGUGGAAGAACCUGGAGUUAGAUACCCCCUUGAUGUUUGGUUCCUCAUAGCAGAUUACAUUGUUCCUGAAAGUGUGGGGAAAUUUGCCAGAAUAUGUAAAGAUUCUCUGUAUGUCACUUACACUGCCGUCUUUUGGUGCAAAUUGUUCAAGAGAUACUGCACUGAUGGCUGCAUCACAGAAGCAUCAUAUAAUGUUAUACGGAAACAACGUGGGUUGAGAACUAGGGUGAUACGGUCAUUGCAUCGCAUCUACAAACCGUUGGCGAUGAAAAGAGAAACAGAUUUAAAUCCACCCAUGUUACUGAACCGAAUGAUAAGGAACCAAUGGGUUGAGAGUAAUAGAAGAGGCACGGAAUGGAUUUACCACUUUGAAUUGUAUGAUUUUUGUAACCAGCGCAGAUGGAAACCAGAAAAGUUUGAAGAAUGGUGGAAUGAUAUCACAGCCAAUCAAUCGGCCUACUGUGUAAUGCUAAAGAUAACAUCUUCACAAGAAGUGGAGUUGCCAAACCUUGAGGGACUUGUACUGCGAGAGAUUAUCCUUGUCAAAAUGGAAAAUAAAACGAAAAUAAAAUGCAUACUCCACUCUUGCCCUAUCUUAACUAAUAAAAAAAAGAAGGUAUUCAUUUUUGAAACAGAAAUGCCAAUACUACGCACAAGGGUUCUGAAUUGGUGGAGCCCUUACUACCCCCGCCAGGCUAACUGUCCCUAGAGGGGUUGAGCACAAUUUGGCUAAAAAUAUCCAGCCUGGAGAGCCAUACCACAGUAUUCAACAGCACAAAAGUGUAAAUUAUCUGUGGGAAUGCUGAUGAGCCCUAAGAUACAACUCCCUUAUCCACAUUCAGCAUCCAUUCUUGAUAAGUGUUCUCUGAAAGGGCAUUUUUGUUUAAUUGAUCAUUAAAUAUCCCUAGUGAUAAGCUGUUUUCAAAAAUUACAUUUUAAAAACCUGUUAAAAUCGGUGUUACUCCCAUUGUGACUCGUAUAUUUAGAAACAAGAGCACAAAACCAUGUUAAUACUAACGAUCCCAGUGUUGUUCCUGUAGAAUGAUAUCGCAUCCAUUAUUGAUAAGUGUUCUCUGAAAGGGCAUUUUUGUUUAAUUGAUCAUUAAAUAUCCCUAGUGAUAAGCUGUUUUCAAAAAUUACAUUUUAAAAACCUGUUAAAAUCGGUGUUACUCCCAUUGUGACUCGUAUAUUUAGAAACAAGAGCACAAAACCAUGUUAAUACUAACGAUCCCAGUGUUGUUCCUGUAGAAUGAUAUCGCAUCCAUUAUUGAUAAGUGUUCUCUGAAAGGGCAGUUUUGUUUAAUUGAUCAUUAAAUAUCCCUAGUGAUAAGCUGUUUUCAAAAAUUACAUUUUAAAAACCUGUUAAAAUCGGUGUUACUCCCAUUGUGACUCGUAUAUUUAGAAACAAGAGCACAAAACCAUGUUAAUACUAACGAUCCCAGUGUUGUUCCUGUAGAAUGAUAUCGCAUCCAUUAUUGAUAAGUGUUCUCUGAAAGGGCAUUUUUGUUUAAUUGAUCAUUAAAUAUCCCUAGUGAUAAGCUGUUUUCAAAAAUUACAUUUUAAAACUCUGUUAAAAUCUGUGUUACUUUGUUACUCCCAGUGGACACGUAUAUUUAGAAAAGAUAUAUAAAACAUGUAAUAAUGUUUCAAGAUAAAUGUUGAUAUGUAGUGCAGUUGAUUCUAGAAUGUGUAUCAGAAGAUAAUAAAAC